AUGGAUCGAAGACGCGAAGGAGAUCGACCGCGCCAAGGCAACAGACCAACGGAGACUCGAUCGCGGCGACAGAAAGACAAUCCCUUUGAUGACUACAAUCAUCUACAAUCGCUUCCUUCACUGUCUUCGGACGCUCAUCCUCGAGAUCUUGAAGCAGGUUUCCCAUCUACCUCUCGCGCCGCUCGAUCUAAUAGCAGGUCAAUAAUCAUGGCCCAGGGAGCUUUUUCAAAGGGGCUUGAUCACUUCAAGCAAAAGGAGUUGAGUCAAGGAAAUGCGAGCGCGAAUGGAGAACUUUUUCAACAUUUGAUUGCGCCAUUUGACAGAAUUGGGCAAAACUCUAGUUCAGCAAGUUCUCCAGAUGAAAAGGAAUCCCCAGUAACUCCGAGCAGCCAAGACCCGUCCAUGUUUUCACCACGUUUGCAUGGCUUUACCAGGAACCAGCUCCUGGACAGUCACUCUCGUGGGCUUAGCGGCAGUACAAAUGAUUUCGACUCGUUUGGUAUGGAAAGUACUUAUGAUGAUGGCUUUCAUACUGCGAAUGAGAUACAGAACAGCCAGCAAAACCGUGGAGGUACUCCACCAAACGCGUCAGCUACACACAAUGAUUACUAUUACCAGUCACCAAGUUAUUCUAUGCGCGGAGAUACUCGUAUGCCCAGCCCCGCUUCAGCCCAGCAGUCUUCUACGGCGCAACAGCCUCCGCCACAUGGUAUUCAUCAAACUCCUGUUCUAAUUGCCAAAGGUCCUGGGAGGAAUGAAGCAGUCCAGAAUUUUGGGGGAUCCAGCACAUUAUCAUUUACCAAUACGAUGCCUUAUAGUGGAGUGCAGGCUCUAAGUAACAAUGCCGAUCAAUUGGGUGCACUCUCUGAUACUAAAGCUGAUACUUUGAGCUCGAAAAAGCAUAAGAAGAAGAAGGAGAAAAAGAGCAAGUUUUCUCCUAACCCGACAGCAGUUUCGGCUAUCUCGGAAAAUAAAUUUUACUCGGGAUUAAGUGAUAUGCAUACCGGUCUCUUCCUUUCCACCUACAACGGACAACGACAAUCGGUAGUUCCCCCUAAAUUUGCAAAAUCUAGCAGAUUUCCCUCAGAGCUGCCGCCACGACCUGCUGCCCGCGAACCUCUCCCAGUCAGAGUGACAGCGGAGGCGAGGGCUCAAUUCGCAGCUCGGAAGCAAGAUCAAAGGUUGGCAUUGGAGAGACGCCUAGCAGAACCUCAUCUAGUCCGACGUUCUCUUCCUGCUAGCGAUAGGUGGGGUUUUGAUGGCGCAUCCUUCAAGCGGCUGACAUUGAAUUGUUGGGUUUUAAUUGGCAUCACACAAUUCGGAUUUCUAUCGACAGCCGUUUGUCUGGGGGUCGUUAUCGCCAUCAAGAAUACAAGCAAAGUUAUCAGCGUUCCUAUCAUCUGGUGGCUUAUCCUGAGUGUACUCAUAUUGUGUGUUGGGGCUGCAACUUUUGCGGUUGUGUUCGUACGUGAAACUAAACAACAUCGUCGUCAUGGAUUCAGACGACGCGUCGGAAGUCGAGAGAUUAUUGACGGGAAUCUUGGACGCCGUGGUGAUCUUGAGAGUGGUUUCAACGAUCCAAGGUCCUUUGAGAUGGUUUCUGGCUCACAUGUCCCUCACCGGGAGGCCUUUUCGGCUUUUUCUUCAAGUGCUUCAAACACUUAUACAGAGGUUCUUCGACCAAACAAGGGCAGAUUCGAGCAAGGACCCGUUGAUCGUCAUGGAUUUGAACAGGUACCUCUUCGUGGAGCCCGAGAAGGUCCUUACUAUGAACCGAGAAUGCAUAAUCCAGAGGUUGGUAACACCGGUUUUGCUGCAGCAACCCCAGCUACACCUCUAACCCCUUUGCCACAAGCUGUACUAAGACCAAUCACACCACGACGAAUCAAUGACUUCCCGACUUACAACUGCAAUCAAAGAAAGCCGAGUGUACUUCACAACGCCAAUGUUCCUUCACUGGACGUACCCGAGACUCCAAGCGCAAUCCCCACGCGAACAUCGGCAAGAAGCCGCGAAAGUAUGAUAGCAGCGGCUCCUCAUCGAGACCAGGCGAUGAAAAGCCUCCUUGGAGAGAGCCCGGCCCCUAAGAUACCUCUUGACAUCACGGACAUCUAUAAUGGAGACCGCGUAACUAUCGAGUCUGCGGCACUUUCACAAACAUCAGUGUACUCGCACACGGCACCAUCUCCCCAUCCGCUGCAUCAAGCACCAGCGGGACUACAACAUCUUCAAGCUGCUGAUACAUUUGUAUCCAGUAGUCCCAGUGUGUCUGGUAUGGGUUCCAGAAUUGAUUUGGAUAUGGCGAUCCCACCGACGUUGAAGCGAGUAGAGACAGAAGGCCCUCUUGAAAAGUUAGAAAGAAGUUUCAGUCACCAGAGUCAGCAGAUUGCCACCGGCCAACAAGUCCCUUCACCAUUUAAUCUUGGUAUGAGACCACCCAAAAUUUUGCACAAGCGAAUCGUGGACGGACUAGUUAAACAAUACGGUUCACAAGAUGACGAUUAUGAAGUUGGUCCCGCUGUAACCAGCAGUGGCAGCAAUGGUCCACGCCGCAGACCCGACGCCAUUGGCUAUCGUGAGGUACCACAGGCAACUAAUUACAUGAACACCGAGAAAUCAUCUGCCUUGGACAACGUUGAUCUAAAUGAGCCUUAUGAUUCUACUUUCGCAUCCCGAAACCCCUACCGUGACAGCAUGAAUGACAACGGCGACAACAGAUACGCAAACCUUGAAACCUUGCCUUCUACUUACUAUACUGGUAGUGGCAAAGGUAAAGGUCGAGCAUAUGAUUAA